AUGCAGGAUUUACAACAUACACAGGGGGUGCGGCUUCACGAGCAGAGGGCACACCCUGAACCAGAGAAUGACAACAGGAGGAGGGAACUACGAAGGCCUGAUUCCGAAAUCUACGAUAUACUGGCAACCAUCGAAACCCAGACGCAUAAAGGCCCUUUUAUGGCGAAAAUGGUUGCGGAAUCAGGUCUGACGAAGGACCAAAUACGGCAUCGAAGGGACAAACCUAUUUAUAAGCAAUACCUCGAUGCCGCUAGGAAGAAACAACUAAUCCCUUCUCCCAGUGUGCCCUGUGAGCCGCCCACCUGCCUAACGAGCGAGAAGAACGACCAUCAGGCAGUGACAUCGACGCCACCAACAGCUCGCGACGAUGUCAAAGAAGGUGAGUGCUCCGCCGCGGUUGCGUCCACACUAUCGCCACUCUCUCCCGAUCCGACGACAAGCAGGAGGAGGAUUCGGCAGGAAUCGAUGUCGCCUCUGUCGCAGCCUACAGUAAGGAGACCCCGCACCGAAGCAGUUAACCUCACCGCCAACUCCCCCGCACAGGUCGAACAAACCCAGGUGGUCAUUGAACCAGCGCUGCGCGAAUACCUCGCGUCUGAACGCGAAGCAGCGCUGGCCAAUGGGAACGGCCAUCUGGCGGACCUGUGCCAGGCAGGAUCAUCGCUAGCGAUUAACGAUCUUGCCUCUUAUCUAGACAAUUGGAUACUAGAACUAUUCCAAAAAGGGGGGAGGAAAUACAACUCAAAUGGUUACAGAGGGGGACAAAAACCAAAAAAUUACGGAGGUACUAGACCAGGAAGAGGUCCACGGGUAGAAUCGUACAAAAAGGCCCAGGAUCUCUACCUCCGUAACAGAACAGCUCUAGUGGAUAAAAUUAUCUCAGGGAUUCCACUAGACUCUACAGAAGAGGUACCCCCUCUAAAAGCGGUUGAGGAACUAUCAACGAGGCUACAUGAUCGUAAGGCGCAUCCCGUGGAGUACGCCAAAGAAGCCGCAGACCUUCGCGAUCCCGUGCCUGAAACAGAGACCUUUCAGAUCAUGGCCGGGAUCGAGGCCCAAAAUCCAGCGGGUCAUAUUAAUAAACGCAUGGCUGAAGUGACUAGUUUGACGAUAGACCAGAUACGGGGCAAGAGAAGGAAACCCGACUACCAGAAAUAUCUGGAACUGGCAAAGAGGAAACUCCAAGCCCCUGGUAGUCGGAACCCACACGAUCGGUGGAUCCACCAGCUGUUGCCUCAGGUCGCAGCACUACCACGGGUUGCGACGAAGCGCCCAUGUUGCCCUCGCCGUCAAGAGGCAGCUGCUAAGCAGAAGCGGCCGAGGGAGAGCUACUCACCGCGAGAGCUCAACCCCGCUAAGAGGAAAUCGCAGCCGGCUAAAAGUCGACAAAACAAGCAGAGGAAUGAAUGCAAUCCUGACGGGACUGAUCCCACCAGUGCGCCGUCUGAGAUGAGGAAACGAAAAAGAGUGGCAAGCCCAAGUGGCUCAGGAAUUCAAACCACAUCAAAAGAACCCGGAUCUGCGGUCAAUAGCCCAAAUGAUCGCCCUGCAACGGAUUCUUCGCCUUCGAAUACUCUAAAGUCGCACCGCGACACUCUUAAUGACGGACCUGGGACCUCCUACAGCCACGCUGUGGCUGAAAGUAGUCCUUGUGCCCACGGGGCAGUGCUUCCCCAGAAGUCACCGAACCCUCCUGCACCAUUGGUAAACCUAAACUCCACUUUUGUCGAGUACCUGCGGGAGGGGAGAGGCGUCUUCACCGAGGCUGGGCACAGGGACAUAAGACGUCUUAUCGACAUGGCUAUUUUCGGCUCCCCCGAGCAAUUGGCUGUCGCAUUAGACCGCCGGGUGGAGUCGAAGCUUAAUAAAAAGGCCCCAAUUAAUCGAGUACAGAGGAGGAACCAGCAACCCGACAGGCAUUACAACCAGCCAAAGGGCAGCAGCGGUAAGCGCGCGUCCGAGUAUAAGAAGGCGCAGGACCUAUUUGCGAGGGACAGAUCCGGCCUCGCCGAUAUCGUGUUCGGGGGGCGGAGCAUGUACGAGCCACCAAAGCUACCCACCAUACUUGAGGUGGAGACAUUAUUUGCGGGGAUCUGGGAAUCCCCUGCAGGGACUGAUGAUGAGGCCAUCAGUGAUCCUAAAGCAGCAACAUCAGAGGUUUUUUUACUCCAUCUCUCCUGA